AUGGUUAACAUCUCUGAAAUUCCCGACGACUCUAAUGACGGCGGCGAUCCAAAUAAGAAACAAAAAGAAGAAGCAGUUUUAAGAAGAAGUAGAAGAAUCUCGACAAGAAACGAGAACCGAAACAAGAAGCCGAAAAAAGAAGACGUAGAAGAAGAAGAAGAAGAAGAAGAAGAGAAAGGUUCGACAUCUUUCCCACUUCCAAACGAUGUUACCGAAGCUCUCGUCGCACUCAUCCGGAGAUGUGAUUACCCAAGUCUCUCUUCCGUCUCCCGUUACUUUUCCAGUUUGAUCGCUUCGUCAAGUCUCUACGAAACGCGUGCGCGCCUCGGUCUUUCCGAAACGAUUCUUUAUGCCUCCAUCGGAUACCCUAAUAAGAAAAAUCUCCCAAGCUGGCAUAUUCUAUAUCGAAACAAGGCUUCUUCUUUACGCCUGACCAGACUCGGUUCGCUUCCACCCAUGCCUUGUGGAGCUUCUGUUGUCACUAUCGGUUUAGAGAUGUAUGUGAUCGGUGGAACGAUCGACCACAGACGCGUGAAGUUUAUGAAUGUCAUCGAUUGCAGAACACACAAGUGUCGCUCGCUCCCUCCAAUGAGAAGGGGUCGUUACAAGGCAGCCGCCGGAGUAAUUGACGGAAAGAUUUACGUAAGCGGAGGUUUCAGGAAGCGACUUCCAUCGGAGUCGGAAUGGGUCGAAGUGUUCGAUCUUGAGAAACAGAUUUGGGAAUCUUUGCCUGGUCCGUACCCUAAAACUAACUGUUCUAGCGAGUUUGGGGCAUAUGCGGUGAUGGAAAACAAGAUUUACAUUUUGGAUUAUAAAGGUUGUUUGGUUUACGAACCAAGAAAAAGAAGAGGUGAUGAAUGGGACGCAUCCGCCGUCGGUGCAACUCAUCCAAUAAAGAAUUAUUGGAAAGAGUCAUGUCCUGUGCAAUGUGUGGAAGAUGAUAUGCUGUAUACAAUUGAUCGUCGGUGUAGUCUUGGACAUCCAAUAGUCGUGUAUGAUCCAAAGGAGAAGACUUGGAGACCUGUGAAAGGUGAAUCUUUGGGGAGACUGCCUAAGUAUAUCCUUUCUUCUGAUUCUGAAAUGGCGAAUUUUGGUGGAAAGUUGGCGAUUUUGGGCAGUAACCGGAGCUAUGUUAAUGGUGAUUGCAUUGGGGAAAUAGGUAUUUGGUGCGCAAUGAUCGUGUUGGAUAAACGUGAAGGAGGUGAGAUUUGGGGGAAUGUCGAAUCACUCGACUGUGUGCUUGGAGGCAUUAACUAUCUCACGCUUCAUCUUUGUCGAACUCUUACCAUUUGA